AGCCCGAGUGCUCUCUGCCUCAGAGAUUCAGAGGGCGUGCCAUGGCUGGCAACUCCCCCACCUCGCCUUUGCCGGGGGUCACCCGAGGUGGGAAGGCCCCCACCCCGCUGGGGAGCCUGAAUAGCAUCACUAUUCACUCUCCGCUCGGCAGCCUUGGCUCCGUGAAUGGUGGCAUCUUCAACAGUGGCCACUUCAAGGCGACCCCGGCGGGCCAGCGGCGGCGCUGGUGCGACUACACCCCCACGGAGGUGUGGCCAGCCACGCCCAGCCCCGCAGGCCACGAUGGGAUGUGCAGCUUCGGCGUCCCGGGCCCGGGCCCGCUCACGCAGCCUAUGCCUAUGCCUAUGCCUGCGCCGGCUUCAGCCCCCGCGCCUAUGCAGCAGGUGGCAACAUCCCCCGCGGGCUCGCCCGUGACGUAUGCGUCCCCGCAGAUGCACCCGCAGAUGCCGGUGACAAUGCAGGUGCCGAUGCAGCAGAUGCCGAUGCAAGGAGGCGCCCAACAGAAUCUUCCUGAAGGAGCUCAGAUGGUCUUCAUGCAGAUGCCCGCUGCGCAGAGUGCGCACGGCUUCUUUCCGAUGCCUGUCGCCCAGCAGCCUGGCCAGGUGGUGUUCAUGGCGCCGGCUCCAGCUCCAGCCCCACGGGCGCAAGCGCCAGCCCCUGUUCCGGCGCCCUCCUCGCCAGUUCCCGCGGAGCAGCCGGUAGAUGCAGGCCCCGUAAGCGACGCUGCCCUGCAACAUGCCGCGGGCAGGCAGCUCUUCAACGAGGCGAUGGACCCGUCGACCUUCGAGGGCCACAACCCGAACUUGGCCUCGAAGGGCUCUGCGUUGCAUGGCACCGGCAGGUGCAGCCCGUGCGCGUGGUUCUGGAAAGCAAGAGGCUGCAACAGCGGCUUCGAUUGCACCUAUUGCCACAUGUGCCCCGAAGGUGAGCUCAAAUCUCGGAAGAAGGCGAAAGUUCAGGCCAUCAGGAUGGGUGUUUUGGAGCCUGCGGGCAAAGCGGGAGCCAACGCCCAGACUCACAACCGCGGAGCGCUGAAGCUGAACCAGCUCAUUUGAGGCUUCGUCCAGCGGAGUAUUGAAGUUCUGGAGCAGUGCGCCGAAAGGCGGCGUGGGCGC